CCGGUUCCACCCCCGAAACCUCGAACCACGCCACCGCCCCACUCUGACUCCCACCCCCAAAACACGCUCGACGACCGCGACCGGGAGGCGCCGGGAUCCACUGGGAGCUCCACCGUCCCCUGCUUGACCAGUCAGCGUGGCGGCCGGCUGGCAACGAGGGCGAGGCUGCAGCGAGAUCGACCAUCGGCUCGGCCCGGCUGGUCGCGACGGCGAGCUCGCGACACUGGAUCGGUUGGCGGCCGCGACGCUAACGACGGCGGGACGCUGAGGCACUGACCAAGCUUCAUGGUAAACUCUCGACGUUGAAGUAGAGAACACACCAGGAUGGCCCUUCGGUAUUUCUAUGCUGCUCUGGUCCAAAUCCUUCUCUUCCUCAUGCUCUGGCGGCCAUGCUAUGGCACAGUAACUGACAUCCAAUGUCUGAAGAGGUUGAAGGCAUCGGUUGAUCCAAACAACAAGUUGCAUUGGACAUUUGACGACAACAAAGAAGGAUCCAUAUGCACUUUUAACGGCGUGGAGUGCUGGCAUCCUAAUGAAAACAGGAUUCUUUCUCUUCGGCUUGGCAGCAUGGAUCUUAAGGGCCAAUUCCCUGAUGGGCUCGAGAAUUGUAGUAGCAUGACUUCGCUGGAUCUAUCAAGCAACAGCUUUUCCGGGCCAAUCCCGGCUGACAUCUCAAAACGGCUUCCAUACAUUACAAACCUUGAUCUCUCUUAUAAUAGCUUCUCGGGGGAGAUUCCAGAAUCGUUAGCUAACUGCACUUAUCUCAAUGUUGUCAGUUUACAAAAUAACAAGCUGACUGGAGCAAUCCCAGGGCAGUUUGCUGGUCUUUCUCGCUUAACCGAGUUUAAUGUUGCUAACAAUAAAUUAUCAGGCCAGAUCCCAUCACCUUUGAGCAAAUUCUCAUCAUCCAAUUUCGCAAAUCAAGACCUCUGUGGGAAACCUCUGAGCGGUGAUUGCACUGCCUCUUCAAGCAGUCGUACAGGGGUGAUUGCUGGUUCUGCUGUUGCUGGUGCAGUCAUCACUUUAAUCAUUGUUGGUGUGAUUUUAUUCAUUUUCUUGCGGAAAAUACCUGCCAGAAAGAAGGAAAAGGACGUGGAAGAAAAUAAGUGGGCGAAGUCUAUCAAGGGAGCAAAAGGAGUGAAGGUAUCAAUGUUUGAGAUAUCAGUUUCAAAGAUGAAAUUGAAUGAUCUGAUGAAGGCAACAGGUGAUUUUACCAAGGAAAACAUUAUUGGAACCGUUCAUUCUGGAACUAUGUACAAAGCUACACUUCCUGAUGGUUCAUUCCUUGCUAUCAAGAGGUUGCAAGAUACUCAGCAUUCAGAGAGCCAAUUCACGUCCGAGAUGUCAACAUUGGGAAGCGCGAGGCAACGAAACUUAGUUCCACUAUUAGGUUACUGCAUUGCUAAGAAAGAGAGGCUCUUGGUGUACAAGUACAUGCCCAAGGGUUCACUGUAUGAUCAACUACACCAUGAAGGCAGUGAUAGAGAGGCUCUGGAAUGGCCAAUGAGGCUAAAAAUUGCCAUCGGGGCUGGUAGAGGAUUGGCGUGGCUUCAUCACAGUUGCAACCCCCGCAUUCUUCACCGCAAUAUUAGCUCCAAGUGCAUACUACUUGAUGAUGACUAUGAGCCGAAGAUCUCGGAUUUUGGGCUGGCAAGGCUUAUGAAUCCAAUCGACACCCACCUGAGCACAUUCGUCAAUGGCGAGUUUGGCGACUUGGGUUAUGUAGCUCCUGAGUACACGCACACCCUUGUUGCCACGCCAAAAGGGGAUGUCUAUAGUUUUGGUGUAGUCUUACUUGAACUGGUCACUGGUGAAGAGCCCACACGCGUAUCAAAGGCCCCAGAAAAUUUCAAAGGGAGUUUGGUAGAUUGGAUAACAUACCUAUCAAACAACUCUAUACUUCAAGAUGCGGUGGACAAGUCCCUGAUUGGAAAGAACAGUGACGCCGAGCUGCUUCAAGUUCUGAAGGUCGCCUGUUCCUGCGUGCUUUCUGCUCCAAAGGAAAGACCUACAAUGUUUGAAGUGUACCAGCUUCUGAGAGCUGUUGGGGAGAAAUACCAUUUUAGCGCCGCUGAUGAUGAACUGGCGCUCCGACCGCAGGAUGCAGACUCUAAGAAGCUGGAUGAGCUUAUUGUAGCGAAAUAGACGGGUCUGUAUGGUAAAUUGAUGCUGCGUGUUUGUUGCAUCUUGUGAAUGAUCAGGUUGAUAUGGUAGUGGUGUACUAUCUGGACUCCUUCGCUAGCUAGCGAAACCAUUGGAAGCUCGGUCAAUGCUCAUGGUCCUGGAAAUAGCAUGCUGUUGUAAGAUGUGUGACUUGUGAUGUUCCCGUUCUGUACUUGUAAGAUAUGUGUGAGACGAACCAACACCUGAAGUUUUUGUAGAAGUACGCAGUUUGCAGUGGUCA